ACAGACGAAGGAGUGGCUCUAGGAUGCUACAUGAGAGGCUCCUACUCAACUUCCGGACGCUCGGAUUUGCGAGGUCGACAACUUCUUAUAUCUCCUACCUGUGUGAUCGAUCAGGAAUGGUCCCAAGUCCGUCUGCAAUUCAAAGUUCAGAUCCUCCCGUGUUUUCCAUCUCUCGAGCGAAAAGCCAUCCUCGCCGGGAAGUAUUCGCAAUUUGUCACCGAUGAUACCAAUGCGCGUGGAAGAGGAGCGCUUUGUUCCCCCUUGCAGCGUGAUGUUUCCUCCCCUGUCGAUUUCAAUCCGUUGACCGGAGAUGGGGUUCUCGUAAAGCCCUACGAAUCGGCUCACUGCUGCUGGAGGAACGUCGGGCAAUCGAUCAGCCAUCUCGAUUUCACGGACGCGCUUGGUGGCUUCUGUCCAAUGCUCUCCCACCGUUUUCACGAUGUCGACGCUUGGUUCGAGUCCUACAAUCCUUUGCAGCACGCCGCAAGCAAUGUGGUCGGUGACUUGGACUGGUCCGGUUCCAUUCCCGAGGACGAUGACAAAAGUUCUGAGUGGCUAAGACGUUCGGAAAAUGAGAUAAUUGCGGCCGAGGGCGCAGCGUGA